UUUGGCAGUUUGAUUCACACUCCGAACCACUGAUUCAAAACAAAACAUUUGUAAUGGCUUAUUUCAUUUAUCAAAAAAAUAUCUUAAUUUGUGUUCAGAAGAUGAACAAAGGUCUUACGGCUGUGGAACAACAUGAGGGUGUGUUUGGUGAAAUGCUAUCAGUGAUGGAGGGAGAUUCUGUGCUUCUACACACCGAUGUUAGUGAAAUACAUGAAGACGAUGAGAUACUGUGGAAGUUUGGAGCUGAUAAGUCACUCAUAGCCGAAAUCAGUAGAGCUGCUGGAAUCUCCUCCACAUAUGAUGUUCCGGAUUGGAGAUUCAGAGACAGACUGAAGCUGGAUGAUCAAACUGGAUCUCUGACCAUCACAAACACCAGAACUGAACAUACUGGAGUUUAUGUGCUAGAGAUAAGUGGAGUGAAACUGACAAAAAAAACAUUCAGUGUUUCUGUCUAUGCUCGUCUGCCUGUUCCUGUCAUCAGCAGUAACUCUUCACAAUGUUCUUCAUCAUCAUCAUCAUGUUCAUUGGUGUGUUCAGCUGUGAAUGUGGGUCAUGUGACUCUCUCCUGGUACAAAGGAAACAGUUUAUUGUCCAGCAUCAGUGUGUCUGAUCUCAGCAUCAGUCUCUCUCUACCUCUGGAGGUGGAAUAUCAGGAUAACAACACCUACAGCUGUGUGCUGAACAAUCCCAUCAGCAACCAGACUCAACAUCUGGACAUCACUCAACUCUGUCACACAUGUGCAGAAGUCCACUUCCACUGUUGUGGUUCAACUGAAGCUGUGAUCCGAUUGGUCGUCUCUGCUCUGGUGGGCGUGGCUACUGUCAUUGUUCUGCUUUAUGACAUCAGAUCCACAAGGAGUCAAGAAGUCUGAGGAGUCAAGAAACUGAUAGCAUAAAUAUUGUGACAUAUCUCUGAGUUUUAAUCUGUAAAGAUGCAAAUGCAAAUUUGUGAUUUUAAAUCACACUUAAAAAUAAAUCACACUUUAAUCACACUAAUUUCCAGUUUGACAGAAAGUCAUGAUUUGUUCUCUCAAAAACAUGGGGAUGGAAACAUUUCCGCUUUCUUUCACUGUAGCAAAAUGAAGCCAAAAUAUCCCAAAAAAUAAGUCGUUGCCGAUUACUGUUACGUGUAGUGUUGUAGUAGAGACGAAGCGUAUACGGAUAUCCACAAUAAAGGGUGUUUAAUAACACCGAAGGAUAAACACACAUUACACACUUAGCUUAACAUUAGUUUAACAUAAGAACAGACAAGGGAGUGCAGGGAGUGAGUCCAUAAUAAAGGAUGUGUAGAUGAUCAAGUCCAGGUGCAGGUGAUGAGUGCUGAUGGGGAGAUGACGAGGAAGUGAGUGCAGGUGUGGAAACAGGAGGAUCAUGGGAAAUGGAGUCCGGGAACGAGGGAACUGUGACAAUUACGUUGUUUGGAGUCUGCACAGUGGUGAUCCUGAGUUGGAGCCACAGCAUCAAGGUCCCGCCCACAGACUUAAUCGCAAACACAGCUGUCAGUCAUGAAAUUACAUGUAAAUUGCAGUAUUUGCAGUUGCGUUUCAAAUGCAAUGAUCAAUAUGCUUGCAUAUAGACUUCAGUGAAAUGUGCGCUAAUUUCUCUCUACGCAUUUAUAUUACAUGUGAUUAAUAGUGGAUAAUUUCAUGCGCUUCUGUGUCAAAGUAUCUGUUAUCAGAUCUGUUCGUGUGUGCCAAGACAUUUUACCCACUAAACAAAGUUAUGCCCAGAAGACGCCUUUUCAACGUCUUUGUCACAAAAGUCGUUUGAUGUCUUCUGAAUGUCUGAUAUAUAUAUAUACACUACGGUGUACAUUUUAGGACUUCCUCACACCUCAGUCAUACAACAAAAAGGCGUCAGUCAUCGGACAAAGUGCAUCGCGCCUCAGACUGAAAGGCUUCAGGUCUCAGGAAAAACGACGUCAGGUGUCAGGUCUUGUACAAUUAGGCAUCAGAUGAAACAGCCUCAGACCAAAAGGCAUCAGACGAAAAGGCAUCGGAUGAAACGGACUCAGACAAAAAGGCAUCAGACUAAAAGGCAUCAGUUUUUUUUUUUUUUUUUUUUGUAUAGUCUAACUUUCUAUUGGCUUUUAUCCCAUCAUAAUGCCGUCCUUCAGUUGUCUUUUUCUUUACUGUUACUAUUCCCAAAUUGAUGUAAGAUGUGUGUGCGUGCAUGUUAAUGUAGAAUCUGUCUGUUGAUGGUAUUCAUGUAGGCUAUUUAAAAGAAAAGAAAAGAACAUGUCGAUUUUCACAUUGGUCUGCAGAAAAACAGCAACGGGCUGAAUGAAAUGUGACUCUUCCAUCCAGAUAGUGGUAUUCUGUUUUCAUUGUUAUUUUUAUUUUUUAUGCAUUCCAUUUUUAUUCUUAUGUAUUUGUUUCCUUUUUAUGUAAAGCACUUUGAAUUACCAUUGUGUAUGAAAUGUGCUAAAUAAAAUUGCCUUGCCUUGCCUAAUCGACUCUCUGACAGUAGGUGGCGCUGGAACAGAAGAAAUAAAGCCGUUUCCUUGGUACACAAAGCAGCUGUGCUUAUAACAACGCAUUCAAAUAGCUCGAAAGAUUUUUUACCUCUCAUAAAAAUGAACCAUAGUUUUACUACAAAUAAAACAAAAUGGUUAUUGUAGUUAACCAUGGUAACCACAAAUUAGGUUUAGCUACACUAUAGUUUUGUAGUAAAAUUAUUGUUAUACAAAUAGUAGCCUAUCAAUCUGACAAUGGUUAAUUUUCGUAUGUGUUCACAAUAGUUGGCAAAACAAGCUAUUUGCAAUAUGUUAUUUUGCUAACUUCUUAUACAUGCAAAUAAAACUAGUGAAUAAUACAAAUUUACAAAAUAAUCUCAGUGGGGAUAUGUUUUAUACAACUUAGUGUAACAUUUAACAGAAAACUGCAUGCACGUGACAUCACAUUGAGGCGGGGCAAUUCGCUUCUUUCUAAGUCCGUUUUGUCUGAUACCUUUUUAUCUGAGUCCGCUUCGUCUGAUGCCUUUUGGUCUGAGGCUGUUUCGUCUGAUGCCUAAUUGUACGAGACCUGACACCUGACGUUGUUUUUCCUGAGACCUGAAGCCUUUCAGUCUGAGGCGCGAUGCCAUUUUGUCCGAUGACUGAAGCCUUCUAGUCUGAGGCAUGAAGCCUUUUCGUUGUAUGAGGUAUGAGGAAGUCCUAAAAUGUACUACACACACACACACACACACACACAACACAUAUAUAUAUAUAUAUAUAUAUAUAUUAGUACAGAAAGCAAAGACAGAUCAGGUGUUAUCAACUUCUUGUUGAUAACAAAAAUAUCACAAAAUGAACAUCUAUUGUUCUGAUUUUAAUUUUGUGUUUAUAUUUGGCAUUUAUAGCCACCGACCUUGUGAAACUGCAGUUUUGGCAGCACAGCGUUAAAAUAAUCACUUAUCCUGAAGGUGGAUAAAAAGCACAAGAUGUUUGAGUAUAUCGUCACACACAGACAUCAAGAUUUUGGAUAUGAUUCACAACAACAGUGACAAACAAAACUAAAAAGCUUGGGAAUCAAGAAUGAGCUGAGCUACCCAUCAUGCAUCGCAGCAUGAAGUUUUUUUAGUUUUGAUUGUGUCACCAUUGUAAAGAUGUUGAAAAAACAUCUUCUGGACAUAACUUUGCUUAGUGGAUUAGAAAUCCUGACCGGACGAUGUUUUAGGAAUAAAGAGAAUGUAUAUGUGGUAACUCUAUAUGUUGUACAUACAGUUACGGUGAUAUUAAAUGACUUCAACUGUGAUAUAAGAUUUUGGAUAUAUUGUCCAUCUCUAAGUCAUUCAUUCCCUGUGUGACUUUUUGGCCUGUUUCACAGACAGGGCUUAGCCUAAGCCAGGAUUAGGCCUUAGUUCAAUUAGUAUAUAGCUUUUAUAAACAUUCACUAGAGAAAAACAUUACUGAUGUGCAUCUUGAGACAAAACAAUAACACUGGCGUAUUUUAAGAUAUGCCAGUACAAGUUGCUUUCAGUUGAAUCAGCUCAAACAUGCAUUUUAGUCUUGCUUAAACCUUGUCUGUGAAACCGGCAUUUGUUCACAAACCUCUUGCAUUUUGUUUAGUCACACCACAAGGUGUCACUGUGGCCUCAAAACUCGAUUGCUGAUAUCUGAGGUAAAACACGCCCUCCU